GAACUAUAUAGGUACCGUCGAUUCCACUCCACUUCAAUUUUCAACAUCUUACAGGUUCUACCAUCUAGAGCUUUUGAAAAUUAGACUUUCUAUCGCUAUCGUCAACGUUAUCACCAUACACAUUUCACUACUUGUUCAAUUUUGGGACGAAUGAAAAGUUCAAUUUGAACGUAGGUUCAGGUGGAGAACAUCCUGAUCCAAGUGGAAUCAUGGCCACCGACGACUCGUCCGAUGACUCGUCCGAUAACCCUUUCAUCCGUUUCAAAAGACACAUUGAUAAUAACGUCCAACGAGGAUUCUAUACUAUCUUUGGGUCAUCGACAACUGUGGCCACAAAUACCGGCAAUAAUAUGUCAACCGUCAGUCCAGAUUAUAAUUCAUUUCCAAGGGAGCCAGAAACCACCUCAUCAAAUUCGGAAAUGCUAAGUCGCGACGGAGGGAAUGCUAGCGUAGACGAUGUUCUUUCUUGGGCUGUUUCAUCAUCUUAUUCCCCAGCAAAUCUUCAGUCUUUGGCACAACCACGCCCUAACGACGCACCUCCAGAUUACCCAGAUUGCUUUACCUUCCGAGAUGCAUUCGAAGAUCUCUUGGUAGCGAGCAAUGGGCGACCACUUUCUGAUCUGCGGAGGCUUCUGUUGGCCAAACAGUUCGAAAAUUUCAAAUACUCCCCUUGGGGCAUUCCCGUCGAGGCGUGGGUGAGUAGCAUUGGACGACAAAGUCUUUGGGGCGCCUACUUUCCGCUUUCUUCAACAGCCGAGCGUCAGCUAUCCUACGGCUUGGCAUCACCCUAUCUAUUUCGGACUAAGGAGAAGACCUUCAGCCAACCGCAAACUUUCACGUGGUCAGCAGUUGCUUUUCCACACUGGGAAUAUCAUUUCCCACCGUCUGACCACGACUGGACUAGAUACAACGAGGAAUCAUCUAAACCCGAAGCCGAAACAAACCAGUGCCAAGAGGCAGAUACAGAAGAAGCCCUGUAUACGAACUCUCCAUCCAAAUUUACUACAAAUAGUCGAGUUGGAAUAGACGUUCUUCUCGCGAAACAGACUGAUACCAAACCCAGGUCAACCCAAGAUCCCACUUUCUCGGAUCCCAAGACAGCGCCAGUUUCUCAAACCAUAGAAACUCCUAGCGGCGGCAAGAUCCUAAAAACAGUUCAAGAACGCACUCGUAAUGGUGGAACCGAAACGACGACGACUACACGACAAUUUGACGCGGACGGUAAUUUAAUAGCACAAGGCGAAGAAACCAGCUGGGCAUGGUCGCGCGCAUUCCCAGGUAGAACCCCGUUAUGUAAAGGCAAGGAAACCUCGAGUUCUGAUACUGAAGUUACAACCUCGUCUUCCGUGAGCGGCGAGGCAAAUAUUCGGGGGAGUGGAAAAGUCAGCGGCUGGUUCUGGACGAGAUGACGUAUUGAAGUAUUUCGGCGUUGUACGUUUCCUCGCAUAGGUAACUACCUAGUAUAUAUUCCUGCAGGAAGUAUGUUCAGAUGCGUUGAAUAAGGCAUAGGCAAAGGCAAGUGUAUCUGCCUAUCUAAGUUACCAGCCAACCC